CCAAGCUGGCAAACACGGUUCUGCUGUUUCUCCCCUUCUUCCAAGGAGGGCUACGGCCCCGGCGUACAGCUCGCCAUCGGCCAGCACCGCUUCCGCUGCACGGACGCCCUCGGCCAGGGCUCCUACGGCGAGGUCUGGCGUGCGCAGGUCCUGUCGGGGCCGUCCGGGCUCAGGGAGGUGGCCCUCAAGGAGGUGCGGUGCGCCAGCGAGCAGGAGCUGCACCAGGCCGUCUUCGAGGUGCAGGUGAUGCUGGCCCUGGAGCGGGCGUGGACCUCGCCCUCGCGGGAGCUCCGGGCCCCGCGGUGCAUCGAGCACGGCGUGCACAGCUGCGCCGGCGGGGGCUGGGCCGUGCGCACGGCCAUGACGGUGUGAUCCCCGGGGAGCCCAUCAACUGCUUCGUGGAGCGCUCGCCGCCGCCGCGCGCCCGCCCCGAGGCCCUGCGGCGGGGCUGCGCGCUGGCCCGGAGGCUGAUCUGCGACGUGGGGCCCACGCUGGAGGCGCUGGCGCCCGUGGCGUGGCACCGCGACGUGAACCCGCACAACAUCCUCAUUGCCAGCGCUGGUGCGGAGGCAAACUUCUGGCUCAUCGACUUUGGCCUCGCCGUGGACUCGCAGAGCUGGGUGGGCAGCGAGGGCGGCUGGCGCGCAGAGUACAUCGGAGGCGACAGCCGCUACUGGCCGCCCAGCUCGUGGGUCAUGCACCUGCUGGGACCGGACGGCCUGGACGACAGCCCGGACCUCUGCGACCAGUACCAGCGCCGCCUCGACGUCCACGGCCUGGGGAUCACCGCGCUGGAGCUCAUCUGCUCGCUGGCGCUGCGGGCGCCUGCCGCGGGCGCGGAGGAGGUCCCCAGCUCGUGGGAGCCCGUCCUGCAGGCGUGGGCCAGCUACCGCGAGAGCGUCUGGCAGUGGUGGGCGCUCGUCUACCACGCCUUCUCGACGGGCGCCGACAUCGCCCCGGUGCAGGCAGGCCUUCUGCAGGAGGGCGUGGUGGAGAAGCUGGUCGCGCUGCUGGCGCGGGCGCGAGGCGCCCUGCGGUCUUGCGCGGAGCAGCUGCACGGCCGGGGCGAGGAAGAAGACGGCCGCCUCCUCUGCACCGUCGCGGACAUGCUCGACGAGGCCCACGCCAUGGACAUCGCGCAGGCCUACGGGCGGCUUGCCUCCCCGGUCCGCGCGCUCCCCGCCGACCGCGUGCUGCGCCCCGCUCCGCCGGCGAGCUCGCCAGCCGCGGCGGCCCCCGCCGCCAGGCAGGUGGGCGCCCUGGGCGC